AUGUGGCGCCGACGAUUGAAGCGUCUCAAGAGUAUGCGUGACCACCGAUAUGCUGAGGAUGAGAUGAUUGCUAUGACAGUCAUGAUGUACCUGGUUGAGGAGGAAAAAGAGCCGCACCGUGGUUCGGUAUUUGGUCGUAGGGUCAUACCAAGAGAUCGUCACAGUGCGUAUCUACGAUUGAUGAAUGAUUACUUUGUCGACAACCCCGUGUAUCCAGAGUAUUACUUCCGGCGCAGGUUUAGAAUGGGUAGAGACAUGUUUACAGACAUCUGUCGCGAUGUAGAGGCAGCAAAUGAAUACUUCAAGCUUGGCUAUGAUGCCACGAAACAGCCAGGGUUCCACCCAAUACAGAAAGUGACGGCUGCGGUGAGGGUGCUAGCGUAUGGUGGUGCGGCUGAUUCACUUGACGAGUACAUUCGUAUGGGUGAGAGCACGGUCAUUGAAACUGUCAAUCACUUCACGCGCACUAUUGUUUCACUUUAUGCAGAUGAGUACCUUAGGCAACCCACAGCCAAUGAUAUUUCUCGGUUACUUAGUAUUGCUGAAGAAAGGGGGUUCCCGGGAAUGUUAGGGAGCAUCGAUUGCAUGCACUGGGAAUGGGAAAAAUGCCCCACAGCAUGGCAUGGUCAGUACAGGGGCCACUUCAAAAAACCUACAAUUAUCUUGGAGGCAGUGGCAAGUUAUGAUCUUUGGAUUUGGCACGCCUUUUUUGGGAUGCCCGGAUCUUGCAAUGAUAUAAAUGUGCUUAAUCGAUCUCAUGUGUUUGACUCCAUUUCUAGUGGUUACGGUCCCAAAGUUGAUUUCAAGGUUAAUGGCAAAGAUUAUCAUAUGGGAUACUACCUCGCUGAUGGAAUUUAUCCUCCUUGGGCCACCCUUAUAAGUGGUGUUCCUUCUCCAGUCAACAUGCAGCAGCAGCAUUUCACACUAGCCCAAGCAGCUUAUAGGAAAGAUGUUGAAAUGAUGUUUGGAAAACUACAAGGAAAGUACCAUAUAGUCAAAGGGCCUGCUAGGGUAUGGUGUCCGGAGGACAUGAGAUAUAUUAUGUUGUGUGCUGUAAUCUUGCAUAAUAUGGGCAUCAAGUAUGAGCGUGGACCAGGGUUGGCAAUACAAGAGUAUGAAGGUUCUACCGAACCUAGGCUCUCAAACACCCGAAAUGUUCCUGAGAUAUCUGCUUUGAUUGAGAACCACAGACGCAUCAGGUCUCGGGCUGCCAAUGCACAGUUGAAGGAAGACUUGAUCGAGCACCUAUGGAUUCAUGACGGCCAUCGAAGAGUCCAGCAGUAA